GAUAAGAGAGACAGAGAGAAGAGACUGGAUGAGAAGAGCACUGGAGAGAGGAAUUAAGAGAAUCUGAACAGAAGAACGAGAGUGGAUCGAAGAGAAAUGCAGACGUUAAAUGCUGUUGAAGAACCUCCGCAUCUAAAAACCCUGUAUCAUCGUCAUGGAAGACCCUUCAACCACCAAACAGGCCAACACCCAUCCACCCCACCACCACUUCAGCCUAACCCGUCUCCAGAGCCCCCGGCCCGGGUACGCCUCCACCACCUGCCGCUCCCCCUCGGACCCCCUCCUGGAGCCAGGAAGCAGCGCAGAACACCCACCGCAGUCCUCCACCACCUUCCCCACCUCCAGCCCUUCCUGGAGGGGCGUGGAGCACGCCGCAGCCGGGAGGGGGCUCCACCACGGGAGCAGGAACGGUCUGAGUGACGACGGUGACUUAGGGGACCCCCUGGUCCACGAGUGGUCCGACGGCAUUCGGGCGAAGGAGGCCUGGGACGGCCGGGGGAGCUGCGGGAGUUCGACGAGCGAGUUUUACGGGAAAGACUAUUACUGCCGCUACGCGGACCGGGCUUUCCACGAGAGGAACGUCGGCGUCGGCGUCGACGUGGAGGGCGAACGAGACGCCCGGGACAGUUUCGACAUGGUGUUCCACGACGACGGCGGCGACAAACCGGCCUACGGUCGCUCCGAUAGCUUCGAGGUCAGCUACGAGACGGUGUACGAUAAGGACGCCCACAGCGCCCUCCCGGUGAGCCACCCCCCGUUCUACGGCAUGGACGCGUUCAGACAGAGCAGCGCGGAGGAGGGCAGCGCCGACGGCCAGCCCGGCCUCCACCACGGCUACCCGGGAAGGGUGGAGGACCCGGGUUCGAGCCAGAGCUCCGGGGAAGGUCGAUCCUCCCAGGUCCCGGAAUGCGGGGACGGCGGUUGGCGGGGCGGCGAGGGCUGGGACCCGCAGGGCGCGGCGGCGGCGCUCAAAGCGCCGCCCGUGACCAACGGGAGGUAUCCUCAGAGGCUGGACUCCUUCUCCGAGGCCUUCCAGCCGUACCGCCGGAGGGGGCUGCUCGCGGUCGCCGAGGGGGAUCCCGCCGGCCGCCACGCGAGGUUCGAGGCGGGACGGGGCGAGUUCGCGGGCUGGGUGGCGGACAGCGGCCAGGGCUGUCGGCACGGCCCCCCUUUGGACCCCUACGGCCCCGCUCACUCCUUCUUCCCCUCCCACCCGUCCCUCCCCACCCUCCCCUCCCCUCCGUCCCAGCCCAUGCCCUCGGUCCUCAGCCCCCCCCCCACCCCCUUGCCCCCCUCCUCGCUGUCGCCCUCCCAAGGGGAGUGUCCGCAUCCGUUCUCCACGGCCGCGGGCCAGAGGGAGGGGGAGUACAACUUUUAUGGAAGCUUCAGGGACUGCCCCAUUGCUACCCACAGCAGUCAUGUGACCACAGGGCCGUCACCGAUGGCAAUCACAGACCUCACCACGGCGAAGAGGGCCAAGGCCUCUCAGAACAUCAAAGUGUCCUAA